AUGAAUGAACAUAAUGUCUCGCUGAUUUCUCAAGUGAAUCCUUUGAUUGAUGAAAUCAAUUCACUUGAAAAUCGAUUCAAAAUAUUAAACAUUAAAAAAACAAUGGGCGAUAAUCGUCAACAACUUGAAAAAUGGCGUGACAAAUGCCAUGAGAAGAUCGAUUGUUUUUUUGAAGAAAAAUGUCAAGAACAUAAUCGACUUGUCAAUCAAAAAGUUGAUGAACAACGAAAAGAAAUCAGAAGAAUACAAUCGAAAAUAAAUGAAAUUAUAAACAUACAAGAAAUAACUCGUCAAGAUAUCGACUCACUGGCAUCUACAAUUCGUCAACUCGAAAAAAAUAUGAGCAAUAUCGAACAAGCAUGUUUUAAGGUCCAAAGUCAUCCAUUAGCAAUCGAUGAUAACAUUAUUAUUAUUAAGGAGUUAACUGAACAUGAAAUAGAUCUAUCAACUCUUUCACCAGCUUACAAACAAAUGCCUCGUCCCAAGGAAAGUUUUUAA